GAAGGCGUAGAAGGGGAGGAGCCACAGGAGGAAGCUCCUACCAGGAAGAUAACACCAUCGGUCAUCCAGCCCUUUCAAGCAGCUGAUGGAGUAAAGUUUUCAUAUCAGCGAUGGCGUUCUCUGAUGCGAGGAAGGAGCUGGACUGUUCCAUCUGUCUGAACAUUUAUACCAAUCCUGUGACACUGAGAUGUGGACACAACUUCUGCCGGGACUGUAUAGAAGGUGUUCUGGAUACACAGAGGGAUUCCGGAGUUUAUUGCUGUCCUGAAUGCAGAGAAGAGUCCCAGGAGCGGCCUGAACUUAUCAGGAACAUUACACUGCGCAACAUAAUAGAGAGAUUACAAUCUACCAAACCGGAGGAGGAGGAGAAGGAGAGCCAGAUCUUCUGUACAUACUGUAUUCACUCUCCUGUACCUGCUGUUAAAUCUUGUCUGCUGUGUGAAGCUUCUCUAUGUGAUGACCACCUGAGAAUCCACAGCAAGUCACCCCAACAUGUCCUAUCUGACCUCACCACUCCCCAGAAGAACAGGAAAUGCUCCGUCCAUGAGAAUAUCCUGGAGUAUUACUGCACCGAGGACUCGGCCUGUCUCUGUGGGUCCUGCAGGCUGCAUGGAGACCAUCAGGAACACCAGGUGGAGGCUCUGGAGGAGGCCUCUGAGAAGAGGAAGGAGAACCUGACCAAUGCUCUGCAGGAGUUAUUGAAAAAGAAAAAGGAGCUAGAGGAGAGUGUGGAGAUUCUGCAAAAAUACAAGAGAAAAGUACAAGACGGUGCAGACGAGGUAACCAAGAGAGUCACUGCCAUAUUCAGAGACAUCAGGAGACAAGUGGACAUCCUGGAGAGGAGAGUUCUUAAUACGAUUUCCAGGCAGGCGGAGAAAGUCUCAUUCCCAGCCUCUGAUUUAUUGCAGGAUCUGGAGAUAAAGAAGGAUGAUCUGUCCAGGAAGAUUUGUCACAUCGAGAAGAUAUGUAACAUGACGGACCCACUGACUUUCCUACAGGAAUCAGACACAGGUGACUUGUGUGAUACUGAGGAUGAGGAUGAGGAGGACAAAGAGAGACGUAAUAAACUCCUUCAUUGUGGGGGGGGAACUGGAUGUGACUGGAAUCUCACACACAUUACAUACAGGAUUGUUUGAUAUAAUAACAGGCUUAAAUAAAGGGAUAAAUAUACCAGAACCUGCAUAUAUAAGACUGGAUGAAGAUACGGCUUAUGAUUAUCUAUAUAUUUCGGAUGACAAGAAGACCGCACGCAAGGUAGCCGGAAACCUAAAUCGCCCAGUAACAACAAAGAGAUACAUGGGAAUGUUACCUCAGGUGAUGAGCAGUCAGAGUUUCUCCUCAGGGAGACAUUACUGGGAUGUGGAUGUUGGGGG